GUCACCUCAAAUCCAAACCAAAUGGGCGAAACCUUUAUCGAAAUCUGUUUGAUAUCAGCAAGAGGACUCCGCAUCGGACCCGGAUUCGGAUGCUCACUACUGAAACACCAAUUGCACGCCGUUGGAUGGAUCGAUCCAAAAAACAAGUUUUGCACGACCGUCAGUGCUUCAAGAUCAGACAACCCUCAUUGGAGAACAAGGGUCAUUACUUCACUCGACGAUGAUGAUAAUUCAAUGAUUCAUGCCUUGUACGCUGAGGUUUAUAGCAGAAAACCAAUCUUCUUAACGAAGAAGUUUCAUGGCUCUGUUUUUGUUCCCUUGAAAGAGUUUUUUACUAAGUAUAAGAACCAGAAGAGUUCUUCUGGUUCUGUUUUUGAGGAAACCAUAAGCUGUCAGCUCACGAAAGAGAACUCAAGUAAGCCUCAAGGGUCUGUUAAUGUGUCGAUUCGUAUAGCUGCUGAAAGACAAGACUUUGAAGGUUCUGCUGGUAAUGAGUCAUCAAUCUCUACCAACUCCCGUUAUAACUUUUCAGGGCAAAACGACAUGGCCGGUUCAUCACAGCAGACAUUUGCUACAUUGAACCAGCCAAACAGUUCAAACUCAUUCUCACUCCCGCCAGAUAACCACUACUUCCCAAUGCCUAAUCCAAACGCAACAACCUUACUAUCCUCCUCCACUAGUGCAGCAACCUAAAUUUUGU